ACUGCUUUUUCAACACACCAUCUUUCUUUCUUCAUCUCUCUCUCUUUUUCUCUCUCUCUAAAAACCCUAAUUUCAACUUCUUCUCUCAUGUAUUUGUAAAAUGACAAGAUCAGUUUGAAAGUGUGUAGAUGUAGAAAAAAAGAUGGAAGCUAAUGUAUGUGAUAUCAAUCACUUGGAUGCCGAUGUGCUUUUGCCUCCGCGUAAGCGGCUUCUUGCUGGAUUGAAGAAGCAGAAUUCCGAUGUUUACUCAUCUACCCCAUCCCCUCCAACUGUGGGUAGUCCUGGGUGUGAUUUUGAUAUGCGUCUUAAUAAUCUAUUGAAGUUUCAUUUUGGAGACUCUAAUCGAUCGAAUGAGGAUAUUGCUGAGGCCUCAAGAUUGGCAGCUCUAGAAGCUGUGAAGGCUGCAAAAGCGGCAAGAGCCAUUGCAGAAGAGAAGGCUGCGAAAGCAGCAAAGGCUGUGGCUGCUGCUAAGUGCGCUCUAGAAUUGGUUGCUACUCUCUCUGAUGAAGGAACCAGUAGGGAAAAACAUUUGAAGAGGAAUAAGAUGAAAAAGCAUGUUCCUGUUCAGAUGUUGUACAGUAAGAAUAAGAGAACUGAUAAUUGUAGAACAGAUGAAGAGUUAGCUCGGACAUUGCAUAGGGCCAUAAAUAGCUCUCCAAGAAUUUUGAAGAACUCAACCUCUGACUCGACAAAUCAAAAACACAAGAGGCUGAAGAGGUCUUCUCCUUCUGAAAAGACUAAGCUUCAGAAUGGAAGUACAUCCAUGGAAGGAAGCUGUCCUUCCACGAGUAAUGGGAAUGGUUUUACUAGAGAAAGAGAGUCAGAUAGGCCUAUCUCGGAGAAAGACCUUGUUAGAAUAGAUUUAAACACAAAAUUCAAUAAAUCUGACCACACAAAGAUGGAAAAUGGGGAAGCAUCACAAUCUAGUAAAGCUGACUCUGUAAAUACGGAUAACAAGGAAAGAGAAUCAAUUAUGUCAAAGGAAAAAUUUGGGGAUUCUGUAAAUGAUAGUUGCAGCAUUGGGAAAAAGAAAGGAAGGCUUAAGCAGAAAAAGUUGCCCCUCAGCAUUUGCAGCUUCAGGGAUCAAGCAAGUCCUAAAGAGGAUUUGAAAUCUAAGAGUUCAUUAUCAUUCAAUGAGAACAUCAGCAAAGGUACUACAAGUAAUAAUCCCAUGUUUCCGCUUGAGAGGACAAUGUGGAAGUGUCAAGCAUUCAAGGCACCUACAUGUGUUGAACAAAAUAAGGUGAUGCAGUCAUAGUCUUGGUAUUUUCGUUUCAAGAAGUGCGGCUACCAUAAUGGGACUUGUAGUCUGAGGUAGUGUCAUGUAUGUUUUCUUUCCUUCCUUUUCGAGUUAAGGCCUCUUCCGUUCAGUUUCAUUUUUCCUUGUUAUGGGCAUUGUAAUGUUUUGAACAUACCAUCGUGUAUAUUUUUGAUAUUUAAUUGCUUAGCUAUUCUGUAUUGCACAUGAAA